CACGUGAUUCUGUCGCAAUCGUGAACCGCAGCCAGGGAAGUUUUUUUCCGUUACUUCUACUUUUAUAAUGUGAAGUUUCACUUAGAAUAACGCUAUUCGAUCUCUACAGCCAAAGGUGGUCUACAUCCAUAAAGGCAUUGUGGAUGCAGAGUACAAAGAUGUCCAAGCUUGCUUCUCGUAACUCUCAGCUGCUGUUGUCGGAUCAGAAGUGUGCUAAAUGUCUGUUAGAGACGUACGUCAAGCGGAGCCUCAGCCUGAAUGAAGGAUGCAGGAAACAUCAGCUAAAUAAACUCAAAUGGCUUAAACCGGGAAGGCAGUCCAGACGGGCAUCCAGUGACACCUCCACCCACCGUUUGACAGUAGAGAGGCUCCUGAAGACCAGUGAGUGCCCUGAAUGCACAACACAAGAACUUGUCACUAGGAAUAAGAUCCUCAAAGCACCAAGCAGAACCAAAUCAUUCUUCAGAGGCUUUCUCCACUUCUCUAAGAAGAAGACUGAACCCAAAGUGAAAGAUGAACGAGUUACAGAAACAGACUCUGGACAGUAUACAGUAGAACGGGGGCUUCACUCUUCUCAUAAAGGCUCACCUGGCCUCAGUGAGACUGUGAGUAAAAAACACUCUCUGAGAAGUAUCUUCUUUAGCAAUCAAAAUGAUGAGAAAAGAGAGUCGUUACAAAAGGACUCCUGUCUUGUUCCUGGUGGCGUGGAGGGGCUUUCAGACGUGAGCGUGGACUCUGAUAAUACAUACUUUGAGAAGGUGUCAGAAGAACUGGAGUUGAUUGUGAAGGAGAUUCAGUUCCGUCCAAAAGAAGACUGUGCUCCGCUGCCCUCUGCUGCUUCUGUAGGAGACUGCAGCUCUUCAGGUGAUGACACUACAGAGAGGAUUAUCAGCCUGCUGAAGCAACAUGGGGAUAUUAUUGAUCAGAAAAUAAGCAGGAACAAGAGUGUCCAAGACUUCCUCCAGAAACUGUCUUACAGCUCCUUCCAGCAGCUCGCUGAUCGCUACAUAGCCCAGAUCCCCAGUCCCCUUCCCCAGACCACAGACGCCUCUCCUGAGCUGGUCCGACUCGCCUUCACCCUGGACUUUACUGCCAAAGUGGCUGGAUUGUGCAGCCAGACGGUCGGUCGAAUCAUGGGGUUUGGUAACCAGUACCUUCAGGAUUCCUUCACACAAAUGUGUGCAGCCCACAGACAGGUGCCUGAAGAUUUGGAAGAACAGAGUACAAGUGAUACAGACUGACUGUGAAGACAAAAACGACAAAAAAAA